AUAAUUAGGUCAGUUGGCUUGGGUUGAUUUAGUCUUUUUUCCGUUCGAUUUUUGGGCUACUCAAUUUUUUUUUUAAUCUUAAAACAACCCAACUAACCCGACCCAACAAACCAAAUAACUACAUGGAUGAUCCGAAUACCAACUUAAUAUAUUUUGCGCCACAUAAUAUGUUAACAACCACAGCCGGAGCAUUGACCGGAAACCGAAAUAAUUCCGGCGAGUUAUUAGAAAUGGAAGUGAGGAAGAUAGUAGUGGUGGUAGAAGAAGAAGAAGUAGCCCGAACCGCAAUGACGUGGGCGCUUCACAACAUUCUCCGGUUUGGCGAUUUAGUGACUCUCCUUCAUGUUUUUCCGGCGAACAGAAAGAAGAUCAGGCUGCUCCGGUUGAAAGGAUUUCAGUUGGCUCUCUCGUUUAAGGAUAUGUGUGUUCAUAGCUUUCCUAACACGAAGAUAGAGAUUGUUGUGACGGAAGGUGAUGAAGAAGGUGGAAGGAUAACGGAUUUUACCAGGCAGAUUGGUGCUUCGACUCUUGUUGUUGGUUUACAUGAUCAGAGUUUUCUCUACAGGAUAGCAAUGGUCCACAAGAAUAUAGCCAACAACUUUAAUUGCAAAGUUCUGGCCAUCAAGCAAACUGCUUCACCAUUAACAACCACUAGACCCACAUUGUCAGAUAGCUCAACCAGCUUGGACUUUUCUCAGAUUGAUAUUUCUACAUUGAGGAAUUUACUUCUAAAACAGUAGACCAAUUUAAGAUGCAAGUAGUUUGGAAGCCUUUCUACGUGUUCGACCAAAUUUACCAACUUUUUUGUUGCAUUUAUCUAUAUGACCAUUGCAGCAUACCCGAAGUUCCUGAACCGAAAAUCCCAUAUCAAGUAUGUCCAGAUCCGUCAGCAAUUAUAUGGAGAUCAAGAAGAAGAAGAAGAAAACAGUGAAUAAUGAGCAGCAUAUUAUUUAACCUGAGUAGAUGGCCCAUUUGGGUCUGUCCUUUAGAAAGUAUACACAAACACACAUACUAAAAGUGAAAAAACUUACACAUUUACUCAUCAUUAUUACAAAGUUUUAUGCUGGCUCUCAUUA